UCGACAAACAACCGAGUGUGUAGCGAUAACGAAAAAGCGAUAUCAAUCUCUGUUCUUCAUCAGUUAAUGCUAUGUAAGGUCGGCAUAGUUGCUACAUCUGAUUUGUUCCUAUCAUGGUGCAAUGAAGUAAAGUAACUCAAAUUUGAGAUGGAACCAGUUAAAACAGGGUGCAGAAGAAGCUAUAAGUGUCACAAUCCCCAUUAAUGAUUUACCUUGGCUUCUUGUUGCUGAUAUGUGUUCCUAAUUUUGUGUUUUACAGUUGCUUGAGCUAUGGGAAAGAGGAAGUCGAAAUCAAAGCCUCCUCCAAAGAAAAGAAUGGACAAACUUGACACUGUCUUCAGUUGUCCUUUCUGUAGCCAUGGCACCAGUGUCGAAUGUCGCAUUGAUAUGAAGAACUUGAUUGGGGAGGCAAAUUGCAGGAUUUGUCAAGAGAGCUUCAGCACCACUGUUACAGCACUGACAGAGGCCAUUGACAUAUACAGUGAAUGGAUUGACGAGUGCGAACGUGUGAACAACCUUGAAGACGAUGAUGGUUCUUAGGUUCUAGUGAGUCUGCUUUAGUUGUGUAGUCAGUAGCCUGAAGAUGAUCUAAAGCCGACUUUAGCUUUGAUGUUAGUUCUGUUGAUAUUUCUCUGUUUCAUUACUAAAGUUGUACUUGAAGUUGCAAAAGCCUCUUGGGUUUGAUAAAUAAGCUCCAUGUGUGACAGGCUUUCUAUGUUCAAAUAAUUUGAAAUAGAUUAUCGUGAAUUAUAUUCUGAAUGUGCUAUUACAGGUCGUGUGAGAUUGAA